AUGCAUGCCUUUGGACGCGUAAGAGGAAAAAUAACGGCAUUCAAGAGUUCUGGUAUGGUAAAAGAUGUACCCGAACUGAUUCGUGGAACGGUGGCUGCCGGUUGGAAAACAUAUACCGUCUUGACACCACAUGUGAGCACCGUGGUGUCCCCUGAUGAGAUUUAUGGUGUGCCUGGCAGCCAUGCUGUUCGUGACUACGGGGAUCCUCCACUCGAUAUAUUUCCAUUUGGUACAAUGUUAGUUGCACCUUGUACAUUCAAUACAUUUAAUAAACUGGCACUGGGCUUAGCCGAUAAUCUUGCAACAUCAAUGAUUGCCGAUGCACUGGGUGCUCAGUGUCCAGUAUUUAUUGCACCAUCAAUGAAUCAUGGCCUAUGGAACCAUCCACAAACUCGAAUAUCAGAAGCGAGAUUAAAGGAAUGGGGCUGCACUAUUAUUCCACCAUAUAUUGACGAAAAACAUGUAAUAAUGGCAUCAGUUGCAGAUAUCAUGCAGGUGUUACACCAACAUUUCAAAUCAAAUUCUACUGCAAAAUGA